GAGAAACUAACUAGCGGUACCCGUAAGUCGAACAUGCGCGUAGGCGAAUCAACGUUUUUGUUUUUAAAAUACGCGAUUUGACGGGCGUGAAACAGGGGGUUGAUUGAGCGAAAAAGUCCGUGAAAUUAUCGGGAUAUUAUUUCGAGAGUUUGUGAUAACCCGUGGGACACUUUAGUGAAAUAUUAAUAAGAAUCUCGUGACAUUUGGCCGCAAGUGCCUGGGUGGGUGUUGUUUACGUUUUUAAAGAGCCAACUUGGAACUCCAGUUCGUACCGUACCACCGACGCGUUUACUUGGUCUCGACGCGAAUCAUGUAAACGUAGCUUUACCGACUCUUGGCGCCGUAUACUAUGCCAGAUCUGGAUCUUGUUGACUAUUGGUUACGGUGUCCAGUAAAUAGUGACAUCACAGGACAAAAAAGAACAUCGUUAUGUAGCAACUGUCGAAAAGACGUUAAAACAAUCCCAUUUAGUCUUAAGCAAAAAUGUGAUAUAGAUAUAAGGACGCUGUAUAAGUGGUUGUAUGUGUUAUUAGUGUUGUUUUUAUUGUUAAGGGGGUGUGAGGGUAAAAGGAAACAUAGUUAUGGAGGAAACGGGGGUUACUUGAUGGGCAAUCAUAUUGCGAAUCAUAGCUUUAAUAGUUUAAGGACUAGACAGCACUCGGUUGUAGGGAAAAAGGAGGAUUUUAUUGCAAAAGGAAAAAUAUGCAUCGGUACCAACGGACGUAUGUCGGUUCCAUCUAAUCGGGACCACCACUAUAGAAACCUAAAAGAUCGAUUUACAAACUGCACUUACGUAGAUGGCAAUCUGGAACUUACCUGGCUAGAAGACAACAAUUUAGACUUGAGCUUUCUUCAAUAUAUCCGAGAAGUUACUGGAUACGUAUUAAUAUCACACGUAGAUAUUAAAAGGAUAGUAUUGCCUCGCCUACAAAUCAUCAGGGGUCGCACUCUAUUUAAAAUGGGUCCAAGAAAUGAACAGUUUGCUCUGAUAAUAACUUUAAACAAAAUGUACUCUGUAGAGCUUCCAGCCCUACGAGAUAUAUUAACAGGAAGCGUUGGUAUUAUUAACAAUUACAACUUAUGCCACAUAAAAUCCAUAGAGUGGAAGGAAAUCAUGUCUGACCCCAAAGCGCGUUACAAUUACGUAUAUAAUUUCACAUCUAAUGAAAGAGAAUGUACCCCUUGCCACAAGGCAUGCGUAAGAGGAUGCUGGGGAGAUGGUUAUGAGAACUGCCAGAAAUUUUCCAAAACCACUUGCAGCCCCCAAUGCGCUGAAGGCAGAUGCUUUGGUCCAAACCCUAGAGAAUGUUGUCAUCUCUUUUGUGCGGGAGGAUGCACAGGGCCUACUCAAAGCGACUGUAUUGCUUGCAAAAAUUUUUAUGACGAUGGAGUGUGUACCAACGACUGUCCCCCCAUGCAAAUCUAUAAUCCCACCACUUAUUCCUGGGAAGAGAAUCCUAAUGGCAAAUACGCUUACGGUGCGACAUGCGUAAAAAAAUGUCCGGAACAUUUGCUUAAAGAUAAUGGAGCUUGUGUGCGAAGUUGUCCUUCAAACAAAAAAGCGCAAGAUGGAGAAUGCGUGCUUUGUGAUGGACCAUGUCCCAAAACUUGCGUAGGAGAUAAGACUGUGCAUUCAGGAAAUAUCGAUAGCUUUAGAGGAUGCACUGUGAUCGAAGGCUAUUUGAGUAUUUUAGAAAACAGUUUUAAAGGUUUCCAGGAUGUAUUUGCCAACUACUCAUGGGGUGAACGUUAUCCAGAAAUGCAUCCUGAUAGGCUAGAAGUAUUCAGCACACUGAAAGAGCUGACAGGCUAUUUAAACAUUCAAGCCUAUCACGAAAAGUUUAAGAACCUAUCGUACUUUAGAAACCUUGAAAUUAUUCAUGGUAGGAUAUUACAUGAGUUUUCCUCCUCGCUGUACAUUGUUAAGACCUCCUUAGAAUCACUAGAGCUACAGUCGCUUAAGAAAAUCAACAUGGGUACCGUAGCUAUUUUAGAAAAUAAGCAUCUAUGUUUCGCCAAGGAGAUCAACUGGGAAGAGAUCAGGAAAAGCCACGAGCAUUCGUUAAUGUUAUCGAAUAAUAGCGACCCAAAAAUGUGCAAAGCUAAAGGAUUAAUUUGUGACGAGCAGUGUAGUAGCGAUGGCUGUUGGGGGCCUGGACCUGAUCAAUGUUUGAGCUGUGCACACUUUAAGUUGGAUAACAGAUGUCUACAGAAUUGCACAGUAGAACCAGGAAUUUAUCGUGCUGAUAACAAAAAAUGUAAACCUUGCCACCACCAAUGCGGUUCUGAUUGCCAUGGACCUGGACCAGAGCACUGCACCACAUGUAGAAACUUCAAAGAUGGACCAUUUUGUGUGGAAAAAUGCCCCACCAAUAAAUACGAAGAGAACGGAAUUUGUAUGCCUUGUCAUAGUACUUGUGUUGAUGGUUGUACUGGACCGAAAAACACUGUUGGGCCAGGCGGUUGCACCUCCUGCGAGUUAGCCAUUAUGAACGAAAACGCAACAGUAGAUGAAUGUCUACACCAAAACGACUCUUGUCCAGAUGGCUAUUACUUCGAAUGGGUCGGCCCGCAGGUGCAAGAAGAAUCGUCCCUCAGAAGUCUUACUGGUAAAGCUAUCUGCAGAAAAUGUCAUCCUCGUUGCAAGAAGUGUACCGGCUAUGGAUUUCAUGAGCUUAUUUGCCAGGAAUGUACUAACUUUAAAAAAGGAGAGCAAUGUGAAGACGAAUGUACCAUGGACCAUUAUCCGGAUAUCGCCACCCACGUUUGUAUGGCUUGCGAUUUAGAGUGUAGAGGAUGCAGCGGACCUGGACCUGAAAAUUGCAAUAUUUGUCAAAAUUUUAAGUUAUAUGAUGAUGGUUGGAUUGAUCCAAACAAUACUUUCAAAUGUGUUGCCGCUUGUCCUCCAGACUUCCCACACCGCAUUUUCCCAGAAAAUUCCGAUUCGUACUGCUCCGACAAACCACCUGCGACAUUUGCACUUAUAGCAGCGAAGAGCCCAACUUAUGUAGUGAUCAUAGCCAUCUGUAUUAUAGGGGGUAUUAUUACAAUAAUCACUUUAGUAUCCGUAAUGGUAUAUUGCCAGCGAAAGGAGAAGAUCAAGGAGAAUGCCAUUAAAAUGACCAUGGCUAUGGCCCUAAAUAAUAUUGAUGAUAACGAACCAUUACGACCAAGUAAUGCGCCUCCUAAUAUUGCCCAUCUAAGAAUAAUUAAGGAAACGGAAAUUCGUAAAGGUAACACUUUGGGAUACGGAGCAUUUGGUGUGGUGUAUAAAGGUGUUUGGGCUGUUGAUGGGGAAACGUCUUCCAAAAUUCCAGUGGCCAUAAAAGUGUUAAAAAAUGAUACUACUACCAACAAUAGCAAAGAAUUUUUAUCAGAGGCAUAUAUUAUGGCAAGCGUAGACCAUCCCAACUUGCUAAAGCUUUUGGCUGUUUGCAUGACCUCCCAGAUGAUGUUAAUAACACAACUAAUGCCUCUGGGAUGUUUGCUUGAUUUUGUCAGGAAGAACCAUGAUAAAAUUGGAUCAAAAACAAUGCUAAACUGGUGUACACAGAUCGCAAGAGGGAUGGCAUAUCUAGAGGAAAAACGACUAGUUCAUAGGGACCUGGCUGCCAGGAACGUAUUGGUUCAAAAACCUAGCUGUGUUAAAAUAACUGAUUUCGGACUUGCCAAACUGUUAGAUAUUAAUGAAGAAGAGUAUAAAGCUGCUGGAGGUAAAAUGCCAAUAAAAUGGCUCGCACUAGAGUGCAUCCAACACCGGAUAUUUACCCAUAAGUCUGAUGUGUGGGCGUUUGGUGUCACCGUGUGGGAAUUGUUUACUUUUGGAGACAGGCCUUAUGAUAACGUACCUGCUAGAGAUGUACCCGAACUUUUGGAAAAAGGCAAACGACUUCCUCAACCGAGCAUAGCAACUAUAGAUGUGUAUAUGAUAAUGGUGAAAUGUUGGAUGCUAGAUGCUGAGAGUCGACCAUGUUUCAAAGAGCUAGAAGACGACUUUUGCAAAAUGUCCUUAGAUCCUGGACGGUAUCUUAUUAUACCUGGGGACAGAUUUAUGAGACUUCAAGGAGGAAUGAGCACACCCUUGAGCGAUAGGGACAUGGUUAAAUCCCUAGUUUCCGAAAAUAUUGACAUAUCGGAAAAUGAUGACUACAUGCAUCAACCAAAAUCGAGAGUACCCUUUCACGGUACUGGAAUGACAUCACUAUCGGGAGUAAUGUCUGCAACUCCAACUCCUGAUAAAUACUGGCAUUCCUCACAACCAAUGACUUCAGAUGGCAGUGGCAUGUACCCUAACUCACAAAAUCAAUUUAACCACAAGUUAUCUAGGUUAAACCAAGAUAUGCACAGACGCUUUGAUCCAAACCUACAAAGCAUUCAAAAUGACCUUUCCUCGAUAAGCUACUGUCGAGAUUCUUUAAAAUUCCGCCAACGGGAUAACGGAUCAGACGAACAUGAUUCCAGUGACAAGUUCCAACAUGCCCAAGUAGGCAAUCUUAAAUUGGAACUUCCUGUAGAUGACGAUGACUAUUUAAUGCCAUCUCCACAACUGAAUCAAGGACCCUCGGCAUAUUUAGAUUUGAAAAAUACAACGGAUCACCUGAGCAAUCCAAAUCUUCUCCAGAACUACUCCGAGCUAUUCCAAAACAAUAUUGAUAACCCGGAGUAUCUUAUGGGCAGCGAAAAUGCCCCUGAACAAACGGUCGGCUUGCCGGACGUUUCGGAUUUUGUUGUGCCGCCAUCCCCGGGAAUCGUGGAUCCUCGGUUGCCUCAACUUCAAAAGACUUCUGAAGAGGAAAGUGACCAUGAAUGUUACAAUGACUUUGACCGACUAAGAAGGGAGCUUCAGCCACUGCAGCAAAAUCAGGAUCUUCCAGGAGGUGCGAUUGUAUAAUUUGUCUAAACGAUUUUUUAUUUCAUGUAAGGUUCCUAUAAUAAUCUGGAUUCAAUAAUUGUGAAGUUUCGAUAAAUAAGUAAUAGAACUGACAAUAUACGUACAAAUAUAUCCGGCCUCUUGUACUUUACGUGCUUAAGGGCUGUGCAAAACGAACUUUUGAUAAUAUUCUUGAUAUAUGUUAAGCUACUUAACUAGAUUUAGAGUCUGAAUAGUAUGCAGUACUGUCAAAAGCAUGACAAUAACUAUUUAUGCUAUAUAUUGCCAUUUUGUUUUUAAAAAUGGCCUAAUAUUUUGUAAAAAAAUGUUAAUGUACAUAUGUUUAUGUAAAAUUUGAUAACAUUGUUCGCACAAAAAAUAUGUGAGCAAUAAUUUAAGUGACGUACGUUUUAAAAUUGUUGGGCGAGUUAUUUCGGGAUAGAGAAUAAGAUAACUGAGCCUAAAAUAUAUCCUAAAUAUUCUUGCCCAAACUUCUUUGAUCUGUGAUAAUAUUUUAUUAUAUUAUAUUUUAUAUUGUAAAUUUUUAUAAGGGGAUCAGCUGAUUUUAAAUGGUUUUAAUCUGUAGUUAUUUUGUUUUAAGUAAUUUUAGACAAUAUUUUAUUUCCGCGACUAAUCUCAUUUUUUGAAAAUCUCAUCGCCGAUUGUUUUAAAAAUCAAAGUUUGUAAUUUUAUUAUUUAAUCAUAAUACAAUAACAUAUUUAUAGAAUUGUGAAACAGAAAAUCGAAUAUUUUAAAUUGUGUAAUUUUUAUGUUUUUUUUUUGUCAACUGCACUAAACUUUGUGCCAUUUACUGUAUUAUAUAAAAAAGUGCCUUUAUUAUUGUAUAUUGACUAUUUUCAUUCAUUGAAUACAUUUUAUAAGGGUUUUUUAAAUAAAAAUUAUUUAAAAA